UUUUCUUCGAUUUUCACUUGUUCAAUUAAAGUUUUGGUAAUCCCGAAGACUCGAAUUUCUCUUGUUUGAUCGUGGACGAAGUGGUCCGACGUUUGUUUACUCUGGUGUCUCACUGCUGAACCGAUAAUGCAGGCACUGGAGGCGGUCGGUAGACCCGGUCGGUCGGUAUCUCAUUGCGUUUUGCCGGGUUCGAAAAAUUAGGCGUCUCAUGUGCGUUUAUUACCUUUGUUUUGGGAAUAAUAAACCAUCUACACGACGAAUCCCUCGACAAUCUCGGGAUAUUUAUCUGGAAGAACGUGCAGAUCGAGGAUUUUAGAUGAGAAACCCCUGAAUGAAUGAGCCCUAGCCGAGUCCCUCCCCAGCCAUGUCAAAAGUCCGAAAGCUCUCCAUCCGUGGAAUUAGAAAUUUCUCCGACACGGAGGAGGCCACGAUAAGAUUCAGCUGCCCCCUGACCCUCAUCACGGGCCUCAAUGGAGUUGGCAAAACCACAAUCAUCGAGUGUCUCCGCUACAUCACGACUGGCGAGUUCCCCCCAGGUUCAGACAGGGGCAGGUCCUUCAUCCACGACCCCAUGUUGAAGAAGCAGACGUCAGUGCAGGUGCGAGGCUGCGUGAAGGGAGAGUUCGUCGACCGCGAGGGGAAGACCAUCACAGUAACGAGGACCAUCGAGUGCACUAGAUUCGAGAAAACAACGAAAUUCAAGACCCUCGACAACGCUGUCAGCGUCUACAACCCGAAGACUGGAAAGUCGACGCAGUUAACGAAUCGCUGUGCAGACAUUGACGUGGAGGUGAUGCACUCCCUGGGUGUGUCAAAAGCGAUAUUGAACCACGUGAUCUUCUGUCAUCAGGACGACGCCAAUUGGCCUCUAGACGAGAACAAGGUGAUCAAGGAUCGAUUCGACGCAAUUCUGGAGACAACCAACUACAAUAAAGCUCUGGAGAACCUUCGAAAGCUGGCAAAGUCCAAGGAGACAGCCCUGAAGAUCGCUCAGGUCGAGGAAGCAAGGCUUGCCGACAGAGUUAUUGAGAUCAGGGCCAAAGAGGAGAAGCUCAAUGAAUUCAAGCAGAGGAAGAGUGACGUUGAGGAGAGGAUCAGGAGGAUAAACUCACGUUUGGAGCCUAUAAACGAGAGACUGAGGAGGAUAAGGGAGAUUGAGGUUGAGUUCAACAGACUGAGAGCUGAGGACGAGAAGGAUAAAGUAGCGUACAACAUGGCUCGCGAGCAGUGUGAGUCGCUGCAGUUGAGGGUGAAGGAGAUGUACGAGGGGAGUGAUGAGGAGUUGAGGGAGGAAAUCGAGUCUUACGGGAGUACUCUUCAGCAGAAGACUCGAAAGAUCGCUGGGAUCGAGGGGGAGAUCAGGGAUCUGCUGAGGAAGGAGCAGAGUCUCUCGAAGGUUCUGGGAGAGCACAGGGUGCUGAUGGGGACUCUCAGGCAGCAGAUGGAGGAUCAGGGGAAGAGGACGAAGGAGAGGAAUCAGGCCCUGAACGCAGCGCUGGCCAUGUGGGGGCUGCAGGCACUUGAGGACUUCGAGUCUGAUUACGAGGUUCAGAGAGGGAUUGAGGCUGUUGAGUCGAAGACGAAGGAGUUUGAGAGAUCCAUUGCUGAUAAACGAAUGAAGCAGAAUCAGGGGGAGAGUGAGCUCGAGAAAACUGUGGAGGCUGCACGAGACAAGAGAUCGAAGAUCAAUUCGGAAUUGGAGAGGAGUGAGAAGGAUGCAGAAGAGAUUAGAAAGACGAUUAUGAGUGCUCGAUUGAAGAUUGGACAGGCUGAUGACUCGGGCAAACGACUCGAUGCUGUUGAUGCCAAACUCGUGCAGAUGGACAAGGAGAUUGAGGAAAUUAAUGAGCUGAUGAGGUCUGAAGAUGUCGAGGAUAAAAUCACGAGGGAGACGAGGAAGUUCGAGGAGAUUGAGGAGAAAUUCACGGAGCUGGAUGAGGAGAUGACACUCAUUCAAAAUCAAAGUGCACUGAACGUGAAGUUAGAGUCAUUGAAAUCAAAUUCCCAGGCGAAGAGUAAAGACAUUGAACAGCUGAAGUCACAGCAUGAGGAGAACAUUAAGAAAUUAUUGAAGAUGAAUCGAGUGCCAGAGUACAACCUCAAGGAGACCAUCGAGGAGGCCCAGAGGGUUCUCUCAGAGAGGCUCGAGAGAUUAUCCAAGGAAAUUAAAACGAAAGAGUACGAACUGAUGGCUGUGGAGACAGCCCUGACUCACGCCAAGAAGGAACUGAACGUCAGAAUAAUGAACAACGAGUGUGAGAAGGAGAAGGUGAAGGCCCACUGCGAGGAUUACACGAAGUACGAAGAAGUCUUGCUCGAUCAACAGACAAAACUGAAGGAAUUGCAGGACAAGAGAGGGAUGAUUGCUCACCAGGGGUCGGCUUACCAGGCCUACAUCAGGGAGUUCAGCAGGAACUCGUGUUGUGCCCUGUGUGAAAGGGGCUUUGACUCGCAGUCAGAGGCCCAGAAGCUCCUGAAUAAACUGAAAAAGGGAAUUGCAGACCACCCAGACCUGCUGAGGAGAUGCGAAAGAGAGCUGAACGUUGAGCAGGGGAAAUACAACACUCUCCUCUCGAUAAAAUCGGCAGUAGAGGCAAUCACAAAAUUCGAAGCAGUUGACAAAGAAGAGAUGACGAAAAAAAUCAAGCUGAAGGAGCAAGAGGCCUCAGAGCUGAAGCAGAAAAUAACAGAACUGAAGGAAUCGAAGCUGGAGCCCGAGAGGAGAAUUGAAAUGGUGAAAUCGAUGAUUCCAGAUCUGACGAUUUGGGAUCGUUACUCCCAGGAUCUCCUGCAGAUCGACAUCGCCAUGGACGAACUCCAGGAGGAGAUGUCCUCCCGAGGUCGCACGAGUAACAAAACGAUGGGGGAGAUCCAGACGGAGAGGGAGUCCUUGAAAAAAUCCCUGAAAGAAACUCGCGAUAAGAUCGAUGAACUGCGAUCGACCCUCGACAUCAGGAAGGAGCAGCUUCGCAGAGCAACAGAGAGGAGAACCAAGUGCCUGGAGGAACAACUCCGAAUCCACAACGAAGCCCAGCAGCUGCGAAAGCUGAAGGACGACCUGAAGGAGAUGAUAACGAGAGAAAGCGCCCUGAGGUCGUCACUUCAGGGCCUUCGCCAGCAGCUGAUGGCAGCUGACGAGGAGCGUGGCGAAGUAGUCAGAGAGCUGGACGAAUUGAAAUUCAAAAAUCAGGAGGAGCAGGAGAUCGACAGGAAGCUGAUGAAGGAUUACGAGAAGCAAUGGGACACUCUCAACGCCCUCCAGGGGGAGAUCGCCCGGUUCGCCUCUCGAAACGUGAAGAAACAGCUGGAGAACCUUGAGCUGGAGGUGAAGCUUCACCAGAAGAACAGCGAGGAGAAGCAGCGAGAGAGGUCUGACAAGGAGAGAGAGUUGAUUCAGAUCAAAGAGGACAUCUCGUGCCACGAGACGAAGAAGAGGAAUCUCACUGAUAAUGUGGAGCUGCGCAAGUACCAGAAGACUCUCAGGCAGCUUGAGCAAUCUCGUAAGCAACGAAGUGGCAAAAUUAAUCUCCUUAAUUACGACGAGGUGGUGAAGGAACAUGAGGAGUUGGUGAAGGAGAUCCAGGAGGCUGAGGGGGAGAUCAACAAAGCCUCUGGCAUCAGGGGAGAGAUCACCAAGAGUAUUGAUCAGUUGACUGAGGAUCUUAACACCAAAGAGUGCAAGACAGCACGCACAGCCCAUCGAGCCAAAUGCAUCGAAGUCUUUGUCACCAGACAGGCGAUCGACGAUGUCAUGGCGUUUGCCAAGGUCCUGGAUGUGGCGACAGCAGAGUUUCACGAGGAGAGGCUCGACAAGAUAAAUUCGGCCAUGAAGAAACUCUGGAAGCUCAUCUACUCGGGGAACGACACGAAGUCCAUUCAGAUCAGGGCUGAGGCCACUUCCACGUGUGGAGUGACUGAGAAGAGGCAAUUUAAUUACAAACUCGUGCAGAUCAAGCAUGGAAUCGAGAUGGAGAUGAGGGGGCGCUGCAGCGCUGGCCAGAGGGUGCUUGCGUCCAUCAUUCUGCGAUUGGCCCUGGCUGAAACCCUCUCGCAACAGUGUGGAGUCCUCGCUCUCGACGAACCAACGACCAAUUUGGAUGCUGUCAAUUCGGCAAAACUCGCUGAUGCACUUUACAGAUAUGUCACCUACAGGGCCAAGUAUGAGAAGAACUUCCAGCUGAUUGUCAUCACUCAUGAUGAAAAUUUCAUCAGGAAUCUGAGCGAAUUGGGCUCGCAGAAUUUCGCUCAGGAGCUGUACAGGAUGGACAAUGGGCUGACUAGUGUGAGGAAGUCUAAGUUGAACAACGGGGACGAUGUUGAGGACGCGCAGAGGCAGAAUGAGCCUCAGAAUGAACCUGAGACGCAGCAGUCGAUGUCUAGGAAGAGGGCUCUCGCUGGCGACGGACCCCCGGGGAAACGGAAUAGACCGUACAACUUUGAACUCGAUUUCUGAAGCGGGGGCGAUGGUCCCUGUUCACAUUCCUGUUUUUUUUCGUAUGAAGACUCGAGUGGAUUAUCUUGCGAACGUGAUCUUGAUGGUUUUUUUUAUUUUGAUAGUCUGAAAUGAUCUCCGAUUACUAUUCGGUUUUACAUAGCCCUGGAUUCUCCAAAAAUUAUGAUUGUACAAUUUAAAAAACGGUGAAAAAAGCUGAACA